GAUAUUUUGUUCCCAACUUAUUCGGCCCCAAUUUUAAUUUUUUAUUUUUUUAAAAAACAGAUUUAUCAAAGCGUGAAGUCCAAAAAAAGACUAAAUGAACCAUAAGUAUCUAUUAUAGGCACUUACAUUAUUUUUUUACAAAUAAUUUUUUUUCACGUCUUGAACCCAAUUUGUUAUUACUGAUAAAUGCGCCCAUUUUCAUCAGUACGAAGCUAAGAAGAUAAUUAUAGCACUUAACUAUUCUAAAUAAACCGGUCGGUCCUCUUAUCCGGGUCAUCUGUACAACCCGAUUACCCGAAAUAGCUCUGUAAUGCAGCACCUCGUCAUCCAAAUUCCUCGUUUACGUCCUCUCCUUCCGUCCACACAAUGUCUUUUUCCGGCGAGUUCAUCGCAGUCAGUUUUGACGGCGAAGCAGCUCAAUUUCCGGCAAUUCAACUCGGCCGAGAAGAUAUCUAGCAGCAGGAGUACAAAGCAUAAUAGGUUGAUUAGAUGUAUGGCGAAUCCUCGUCGAGUUAAAAUGGUGGCUAAACAGAUAAAAAGAGAGCUCUCCGAUAUGUUACUCACUAAUAAGGUGUUGCAAUAUGCUGUUCUUCCUGAAGCUGCUCUCGGUGCGGAUCGAUACCUUUCUUCGGUUACUACUAUCAGCGAUGUUGAAGUUUCUACCGAUUUGCAGGUUGUGAAGGUCUAUGUCUCCGUGUUUGGAGAUGAAAGAGGAAAGGAAGUGGCUUUGACGGGUUUGAAGUCGAAAGCAAAAUAUGUAAGGAGUGAGCUAGGGAGGCGAAUGAAGUUGCGACUGACUCCUGAGAUUCGUUUCAUUGAAGAUGAGUCCCUUGAACGAGGAAGCAGGGUACUUGCUAUACUGGAUAGGAUUAAGGAUGAGAAUGAAAGUAAGAACUCACGAUCCGGCGCUGCCAAUAGUGAUGGAUCAUCUGACCAAAGCGAUGAUGAUGGGGACUGGGAGGGUGACGACCCUGAUGAUGAAGGCAUUAUUUAUGUGAAAUAGCUUUCUAGUGCACUCUAAACUACACAGACUCAGGACUAGACAAAAGAUCUGUUGCAUAAUGGGUAAAGGUGUUUCCUCAGCGUGCAAAGAACAUUUGUGCAGUUCCGAAAUUGUGGAAGCCUUAUCGAACCCUGUUCAAAACGUGGAAGCCUUAUCGAACCCUGUUCAAAACUGUCUAGCUAGUUAUUUUCUUGUUUCAGGUAUAAUUUAUGUCUGAUGUACGAAUCAGUUGAGGGUAUUACUUGGCCUUACAUGCACGAGUUUGGCUUCGUCUUUGUUUUAACGGAUUCUUGCUGUUGCAAGUGAUGAAGAUCGACAAAUUAAAGAUUAUUUCAUGGGCAAAACUUCCCACCUCCA